GAAAUGGAAUGAAAGCCGCCGAAAAAUCAUCAAACCAAAACAAUAAAGUUGUAAACAAUUUAAUUAGUAUAACUAUUAUUAUUGUUUGAUGUAAAUCUGAAGAUUAUUACCUACCUGUUUGAUUAAUAUAAUGAUUACCAAAACUUUCGAUUAAUAUUGUAAUGUGAGAAAGCUUAAAAUUUUACAUGAUGCUUUUUCAAACAAAUAAUAUUUUCAAUGUUUUUCGACUAAGAAAUACAUUCCAUGUCAUCAUUCACAAUAAAUACCACAGCGCACCCUUCUUAAAAUUGUACAAAAAAACUACAGGUGAGUUGCCAUCACCAAAGUAUCUAGAUGAUCUGAAGAGAAAACAUCCAAGUCUUGAAUGUUUAAGUCAUGAUCGCCUUCAAACUACAUUGGAUAUACUGGAAAAGUUUAACAUAACACCCUAUGAAGCAUGCAAAGAUCCUCAUCUAUUUUGUAUGAAUCCCAUUACUAUGGACAACUAUGGGGAAAUACUAAGAGAAUGUGGCUUUAUAACUAUUAUUCCGAAAUAUUUAAUAAGAUACCAUACUAUGGUCAGAUCACGCACCUUGAAACAGCUUAAAAAAGAGGGCUUAAUUGAUGGAGACUUACAGUUGAAAGACAAACUAGAACAAUGCUUUGAGAAUUGGCCAAGCAGCCACAAAUUAAGUCAAGACUUUGAUGAAAUGAGCACUUCAAUAUUAACAAUCCGCAUGUACAUCCUUGAGAAAUAUCUCAACUGGAAGCUCAAUGUUUCAACAGAAGAGUUCCAAAAGUACUGCAAGCACUACCUACCACUGAAGCACAAGCCCAUGCAAGACAUACAGGAAGCCAUCAGUAUUGCACAAACUGACAUUGGUUUCACUCAAGAAACAGUAAGACGGAAUGGGUUUGUCAUAUCAUCUGACCCUGUCAACACUAGGCUAAUUCUAGACAAUAUACCCACCAUAGCUGGACAAGAUAUCAGAGAAGCAAUCAAGAUUGAACCAGCUAUAUUGAAGAACAAUUACAAUGGUUUAUUGCAAAUUAGAAGUAUAUUAGAGGAGUACAGGAUAUCUGCAGAGGCACAAAGGAACUGUUUGAAAAUAUAUUGCAUGUGUCCGGAGACAGUGCGCGAGCGCCUUGAAGAACUUGUGCAGCUCAAGGAAUAUCAAAUGCUCAAGUCUAACCCCAGAGUCCUGUCCAUGGUAGUUCAUAAAAAGAAGAUGUUGAGCCGCCUCACCAAGAUGAACGCAGCAAACAAACAAUGCUACAGUUUGAACCAUUUGAUUUCUUCCAAAAAAGUAUUCAACAACUACAUUGGCAACUUUGGCAGUAAAGCAUGUGGUCGAGACAUAGCCAUACUGAUAAGCACUUGCCUCCAAAGCAGCAUCGACACGAAAACUAGUGCAUCAGCUAUAUCAAGCAAAACAACAGCUGCAAGUAUUGUGAAGAGACUGAAAAAACACAAGUUUUGGCUCCACACGGCCCUGAGUGUAAUAGAUGACAACAUAAAAUUCCUACAGAAGUGGUUUCAGAAUGAAGUCAUUUUCAACAACUGCCAUCUACUGUUGUAUCCUGGAUUUGAUAUACAGCAGCACAUAGAGUUCUUCCUCGGAAUGCGCAAUUCGAACGGCUACAAACAGGAAACGAUUCCGUUAGACUCCAGCUACAACAACAUCCGGUACGGGAAGCUCACAGAUGAUCAGAUAUUAGCCCUCACGUUGUAUGAGAUCGAGAAGAAGUACCAUUUCUCUGGCGACGGCAUCUGGUCCAAGCAAGACCCGUGCAGGACGGAGAGCCAGCUCAGCUGACCCGUCGACCCAGCUUGUGAACUAGCGACAACACGAACUGCAGUCGCGGAUGCAUCGCGGCGUAUUCGCGAGCAGCUGCAGGCGCCAGGUGUGCCGCAGGGCGCCGCCCGCCCAGCCGCCGCCCGCUCUAGUGACCGAUAGUGAACCAACAUGGGAUUGUGUGAUUGAAGUGAUGAAAACUAGGAAACCACACCUUAUUGGACAAAGUUGUAGUUCCUGUCUUCUAUUGCAGAAUUGCAGUUUCUCUCCUGAAUUCUUAUUCGUGGAUGUGAAGCUGCUUGCAGCGCAUAGUGUGUGUCGUACGUAGUGAGUUUACGUACGAAAGUGAUGUUAUAGUGUGCUGCUUUACAGAACUACUAGAUAGAUAUAUGGUUAUUAUAAGCUGGGUAUGUAUUUCAAUCGUUUGUUUUAACACGUUGCAAAAAGAUAUAAUACAAUGUCUACAAUAUAAAGUCCAAAGUGCAUUUUUAAUUACUCUCAAACCAUAUAAGCAUACCUUGACUUUAUUAAACUAAAAGUCCUAGCGCACUUCUUCACCGAUGCUACAGGAUUCGUAGCCUUCUAGUACAGAAUGCGACGGCUACGGAAACCGUAGCGUACUGGCGUAGCGUGUAGUGUAGAACCAUGUGCCUUGUAUAAUUUAUUGUAUAUUAUGAAUUUUAAAUGAAUGGACGAUAUCCUCGACAACACAGCAUCGGUCAUUUUGUUUUGUUGACUCUCCAGAAGCGCUUAAUCAGUGUCUAUAAAAAUUAUAUGGAUCUACCUUUGAAAUAUUACACCCAUUCCCAUACAAAACAAGCUCUUCUAAUGUUUGUCACCGACACUUUGAAAAGAUUAAACAAAAUAUAAGAAACUAUCCUACCGAUUAAAUAGAAAUGUUUAGUUAUAAAUUAUAAAUCUACAUGAUAACUAAAAUGAAUGCAAUAUUCAGUAAGCAUAAAUGCGUUCAGUGGUUUUAGGAUGAAAAAAAAAAGGUAUAAACAAUGUUUUCGCAUUCAUGCUAUUAGUAUAACUACUUCGAAGUU